AUGUACCUGUUAGCAUUGGUACAUUCGCUUCCAUUCUCUUCCUACGACUAUGGCGGUAUCGACCGCAGCACCACUAUCAAGCGCCAGUCCCCUUCGCCGGUUGUUGUGACGGGAGUGCAAACCGGGAGCGGGCCUAAUGGCUCUGUGCCAUUGAGACUCGAAGUUCGGGAACUGGAACGGGAUUCUACGACAUGGACACUCUACAUCUUGGGAUUGGACAUGCUGCAGUAUACCAACCAGACGGAGAUGUUGUCCUGGUACCAGAUCACAGGAAUCCACGGUCGUCCCUUCACUCCCUUUGAUAAUGUUCAACCAGUGCCUGGCAACGAGGAAAAUGGAUACUGUACGCAUGUUUCGAUCCUCUUCCCGCCAUGGCAUCGCCCAUAUCUUGCGCUCUACGAGCAAAUACUCUACAAUUUGAUUCAGCAGAUUGCCCAGCUCUACCCCGCUGGACCCACUCGAGACAAGCACACUGCUGCUGCUGCAGACUUUCGCAUACCAUACUGGGACUGGGCUGCAGUUCCACCAGCUGGACAAAGCGUGUUCCCGUCCAGCGUUGGGGGAUCGCCAUACGUUGUUGUUGAUGGCCCCGUUGGAACUCAAACAAUUGCGAACCCUUUGUGGAGCUACCAAUUCAACCCCUUGAAUCCAAACGACCUUCCAGACUUCCCACUCAACCAAUAUCAGCAAACCAUGAGAUAUCCCACCACGAAAACCGCCUCCGCUCAAUCGCAAAACAAUCUCGUCGCACAGCAGCUUGACAACAGUGCACCAUCAUUUCGUCGCAGACUGUAUAAUCUCUUCACAAACUAUCAUUCCUACGAGUACUUCAGCAACGAGGCAUGGUUCAGUUCAUCCAAUAAUCCGAACGGCUACGACUCCAUCGAGUCACUUCAUGAUCAAAUACAUGGCCUGACUGGAAGUGGUGGUCACUUGUCUUACAUUGACUACUCAGCUUUUGAUCCAGUAUUCUGGCUCCAUCAUGCCAUGGUCGACCGAUGCUUUGCAAUGUGGCAGGUGCUGAAUCCAGGGAGCUAUGUCGUCCCGAGGCCAGCAACGUACAGCACUUUCACGACUUACGCCCACCAAACUCAGGACACCAACACCGCUUUGACACCGUUUUACAAAGACACCUUGGGGGCCUUUUGGACUUCAACUGAAGUUGCCAAUACGACAACCUUCGGUUAUGCUUACCCAGAGACCGUCAAUUCCACCACGAGUCAGGUCAUCGCCGCCAUCAACAAGCUUUACGGUUCUGGAGCACAAUCAGCAUUCCUGCCUGGAACAUUGAAAAUACGGGAGUUGGAUUCUACUAACUCUUGGGGGACAACCAUGGAGUGGAUCGCCAAUAUUCGGGUGCAGAAGUACGCUCUCAAUGCCCCAUUCUUUGUACACAUAUUUCUUGGUACAUUUAAUCCGGAUCCCGCGUCGUGGUCUUUUGAACCCAACCUCGCUGGCUCUCACUUCAUCUCCGUCAAAGGCCUUUCGGCAAUCAUGGACUCUCCUUGCAGAUGUAAUCCGGAUCAGAUGGUCUCCGGAACCAUACCUCUUACCCACGCUUUGAUCAACGACAUCGGCGCGGGGCAUUUAAAAAGCUUGGAUCCCAAGGACGUCAGCCCAUACCUGGCUCAGAACCUCAAGUAUCGAGUCACCUUGUCUGAUGACACAGCCAUCGGCAAUGAAGACGUGCCGAGCCUCAAAAUUUCCGUUGUCAGUGUGGAUGUUCAGAUACCUGCGAGCACAACGGAGCUUCCGAUAUGGGGUGAUAUUAAGGGCCAUAUGGAUGUUAGCACUGGUUAG